AAAAAAAAANUUUAUCAUUAUUAUAAAUCAAUAAAUUUCACUUUAAAGAACACAUAAAUAUAUUUAUUUAUUUCUUCGUGAAAACAUAAUAAAAAAACGCUGUUUUCCUGGUACAAUAUCAUGACUAAUUCCGUUGCAAGUUGUCGUGUUUUGGUCUCAAGGGCCAGCCUUGUGCUGUUGGGCGUAAUCUGCUGUUUGGCGGUGCACGGAGUGGAAUGCGGGCGCCUGAAAUACGUGCGCCGGCCGGCCGUGGAAGUUGAGACGGUUUUUGACGUCAUGCAACACGGGGCUAAGGCUGACGGCGAAACUGACGAUGCAACGGCAUUCAUCCAGGCCUGGAAAGCAGCGUGCGAGUCUAGCGGGCCCGCAAAGGUUUUGAUAAAGGGUGAGUUCAUGGUCGGUGAGGUGGUUUUCACGGGCCCGUGCCCGCAACCAAUCACCAUCGAGAUUCAGGGAAACAUCACGGCAAGCUCUGACCCGAGCUCCUACUCACAUGGCGCUUGGAUUAUGGUCCAGCAUGCCGAGAACGUCGAGGUCACUGGUGGCGGCACCAUCAACGCCCACGGCAAGGACUUUUGGGGAUUUUCCGGCGGCGACACUAGCGUCCUCCCCGUGUCGUUUGUAUUCCAAGCAGUCUCGAACUGCAAGUUGCACGAUCUCAAUUUCGUCGACAGCAUGGGGUUCCACACGAAGGUAACCGAUAGUCACGACGUGGCCGUGCACAACUUGAAGAUCACGGCACCCGAGACGAGCCCCAACACGGACGGCCUCCACUUGAGCAACGCCACCAACAUCGACAUCACGGACUCCGUCAUCGGGACUGGAGAUGACUGCAUUUCCAUAGGCGAAGGCAGCAAAAAUGUCACCGUUACUGGAAUCACGUGCGGUCCCGGACACGGAAUAAGUAUCGGGAGCCUUGGAAAGCGGCCAGACGAAUUAGAUGUGGCGUGGAUCACCGUAAAGAACUGCACGCUCACGGGCACGACCAAUGGCGCGAGGAUCAAGACAUUCCACGACUCCCCAGAGCUAAGCGCAUCGGGAAUUAUCUACCAAGAUAUCGUUAUGAAUCAAGUCAAGAAUCCAAUCAUCAUCGACCAGCACUAUAGCUCCAAGAACAAGCCAACGCAAUCGAGCGUAAAAAUCAGUGACGUUCACUUCCUAAACAUUAAGGGCACCACAACUUCAGAAAUUCCAGUAAAUCUCGACUGCAGCACGAAAUUCCCUUGCGAAAAUAUCGAGCUGGCCGACAUUGACUUGGCGCCCGUGGGCUCGAUUAGCCUCAAAUCGGCUUGUGCGAGUGCUAAAACGCUACUCAAAGGCGUGCAGAAUCCCCCGGGGCCCUCAUCUUGUGUAUAGUUUUACGAGCAAAUAAAAAAAAAAUACCAAAUGCUUAUUGCAUUGGGGACACUAUUUUUUGUACAUUUGCUUUCGUUUUUCAACAAGUAGAAAAGGAGAAACGAAAUGCUUUUGGUUUUUUGUUUCUCUUUUCAAAACCUUGCUUCCCCUGUUCUCUCUGUUUUUCCCCAAACAUAAAAAAGGAGAGAAAAACUAAGGAUUGGGAUUUGGGAGAGGCGAUUUACUAACUGAAUGGCCAAGUGCGUAUGUAUAACAAUUUUAAUGUAAAUUGAAGUUAUGAUGC